UCGACUGUUGCCGCCCUCGUCUCGCACGGCUCGAAAUGCAGUUAGAAACAUGUUACGUGUACAUGGUGGGCUUUUGCCGCAGCCUGGUGUCAUGGUACCUAAAGCUUCUAGUUGCUGUGGUUGUGGUAGACCUGUUAGUAUCUCUGUUCCACAACUCCAAACUCCGGUACUAUGGUUGCUACUUCUGUUACAUCAUGACUGCUUCUACCAUUUCUGUCAUCUAUAUGCCCUUCUUGCUUCUGAGGUUUCAUGAUCCCGCAAACAUAUUAUUUGCCUCUCAGCCAGCUGUGAUGCUAGCACGACUGCUCGGCAUCAAAUGGGAGCUACGAGGAGGCAAGUACCUCGCUAAGGAUCAGGCUGCUGUUAUUACAGCUACUCACCAAUCUAUUUUUGAUGUGAUGGGACUCUUAGUGAUUGGGCCGACUCUACAGAAAGCUUGGGCCGUGGCGAGGAAAGAAGUUUUUUACUACUGGCCAUUUGGACUCACACUUUGGCUCUCUGGUGUCAUCUUCAUAGACAGAAAAAAUGGGAGACAGUCAAACACAAAGCUCAUGGAGUCAAUCGAAAGAGUAAAGAAAAACAAUAUGAAGAUAGUGAUGUUUCCAGAAGGGACGCGCAACAGGAAGGGGGAAUCUCUACUGCCAUUUAAGAAAGGAGCAUUUCGAAUGGCAAUAGAAGCUCAGAUACCCAUUAUUCCAGUAGUAUACUCUCCAUACUACUUUAUCAACUCUGCCAAGAAAACAUUUUAUAAAGGUAAAAUUAUCAUGUCAACUCUGCCGCCUAUCUCCACUAAGGGGAAAACAAUGGCUGAUUUGGACAUGCUGUUAGAAAAAACACAAGCAAUUAUGGAGGAAGAAUUUCAAAAGUUGAAAAUAGAAAUCGAUCUCAAAUAUGGACCUUUUAAAACGUGAUUCCAGACAUAACAGUUUAAAAUGUAUUAUUAUACGACAAGAUGGGAAGAUAAUGUGCAUUUUGUAGACAUUAUUUUGUAUGUAAUACUUAGUACAUUUGUACAACACCAGUCACAUUUUGAUAAUGAUCUAUGACUUAAUCAAUAUUUUGUUGCGAGCCAUCUAUGUUUGUUAAAUAGCUUUUAUUUGCUUUUGUGCAAUAAAAUUAACAAUGUGAAAGUUGAAUAUGAUACAAUUGAACAUUAAAAUAAGAAUUAAUUGGUUACAAGAUGCCUCAAUAAAGUCAUUGCCAUUUUCAAUGAUCUCUUGGUCAAUUAAAUGUCUUCUUCAUCGAUCAAUUUGAGAAUAAAAAAGAUCAUGAACUUUUACAGAUAUGUCCAACGAGGAGCCCAAGUACGAGAAGAAUGAAAUGCCAAAUCAAAACUAUUCAACAUUAUUAAUGUUCUCUAGAAGGUUUUCAUUCUUGGUGGUAUUGGAUGUAUACUUAUACAUUAUUACAUAAUACUUAUAACUGUUACACUACUCAUAGCACUGAUGGUAUGAUGAGGAUAUACUUGGUAGGAAGGAUAUACUUGCACUAAAAAGAUAAUUAUAUUGGAGAUAUAAAAGAAACAAAGUAGUGCUACUUAUUUUUAACUUAAUCAAAUAAAUGCUAUUAUUUUUUCUUGCCUUUUAUACACAAACAAUAUUUUAAUUAAUUAUGAUACAUUUCCUCAUUAAGAGAAAUAACAAAUUAGUACCUAUUAUAAGUGUGUUUUAGUAAUAGGUUAAAUUCUAAAAUUAUAGAUUUCUCUUCAAUUUUUGCCAUUGCAUAUAAUGUUUCAAUUUUGUAAAUCUUUAGAAAUGUAAUGAAUAGAAGUGUAAAUUAUUUUUAUUAUGUAUUUGUAUUAAUACUUCAUUUAAUGUAUUAUAAAUAAUUGGUUUUGAUGUACAGUAUUAAUUUAUUAGUAUUAUUUCAAU